AGAGUUAAGUCUGGACACAGGGAUCCAACAACUAACGUGUGGAUAACAGCUGAACCUUCUUCCUGUGUCUAAAGAGAUACAGCAUGUCCGAUAUGCUUGAUGACAUCAUCACAAAGAACAUUCUGAAUCUGGCCCUGAACGAUGCCUUGGUCCCAACACAGUCUCAAAUCAAACUCCACGGGCAGAGCGGGUUGAGCCGAUCAACCUCCCUCUUCUCUCACCCCUCCCAUCCUUCAGCUUCGAGCCUCAGCUUGAGCACUGAGCACGUUAACAAUGAAGACAAUGGGAGCUCUUUGUGGUCGCCCAACAUCUGGAGCAACGACCCUGUCUCAAACCAAAAGCAGCUCCCCUUCCGGGCUGACCGUUCCAUGAGCCUGACAGAGUACACCAGCAGCCUGCUCUCCUCGUUUGGACAGAUGAAGAACCUGGAUUCCUUUCCCAAAGCCUCUGCUACUACUGUGGCUCCCCCACCUGGGUUCCCGCCUUCAUCAAACCUCCAAGCUCAGCUCCCGCCCAUGCUGUCCUCUAACCGUUACAAGACAGAGCUGUGCCGCGGCUUCCAGGAGACUGGCAGCUGUAAGUACGGCAACAAGUGCCAGUUUGCCCACGGCGAGGCAGAGCUACGAGGACUGUACCGUCACCCAAAGUAUAAGACGGAGCCCUGCAGAACCUUCUACAACUUUGGCUACUGCCCCUACGGCUCACGCUGCCACUUCAUCCACGAGGAGAGAGCCAGUGGAGGUCCAUUAAUGUCUGGCAAAUUCCAGCGGCAACCGGCUCCGAUGGCAAGCCACAACCCCCGCCACCAGCUCCGGCAGAGUGUCAGCUUCGCUGGCUUCAUGGGCUCUUCCCGCAGCUCAUCCCCUCCAUCAUUCCCAUCCCUCAACGAUCCUAACCUGGGGUUCAGCCGUGCUCCUUCUGUUUCCCCACCUCCUGCUGAUCUCCUCUCUCCUGUGUUCAGUGAAUCAAUGCAACGAGAAACACCAGCAUUCCAGUUUGGCAGCCAUCAAACCCGUGCCAGCACUGGAGACAUAAACAGCAUUCCUGUCAUCUUCGAGCCAAAGGCUUCACACUGUGUGUGUGGCCAUGGAAAUAACUUUAACAGCAGCAACGGCAGAGUCUUCACCAAAGGGGAGGACGGGCCUCUCCGUGACGGCAACUUGCUGUUUCCUGGUCUUGGGAGCCACGGAGGCCUCAUGAAGCCCACUGGACUGCAGCGUUUCUCCUCCGAGGAGUCCCUGGAGGACAGCUACAGCAGCAGCAGCUCCAGUGGGACCGAGUCUCCAACGUUUGACGGAUCUGCCAGCAAGAGGCUCACUGUGUUUGAGCGUCUAUCCCUGUCUGACUAAAUGGAUCCAAAGGGAAAGAAAAAAGAUGUGACACUUUUCUGUGUUCCUGAACUUUCUUCAAAAUUAUUAUUGUUCAGGACAAGUAGAAGCAAUAACACUUAAAGAUCUUAAAUUUAUAUUUCUGUAUAUAAACAUAUAUAUAUAUAUAUAUAUAUAUAUAUAUAUAUAUAUAUAUAUAUAUAUAUAUAUAUAUAUAUAUAUAUAUAUAUAUAUAUAUAUAUACAUAAAUCUGACUUAUCUUUCACAAACUACAGAUACAGAGAUAAUUUUAGUACCCAAAUGUUAUCAGACUCUAUUUUUGUACUUACAAAUAUUGUGUAGCCUAAUAGACCUUUGUAUGUGGUCUUCCAUGGGAAUUACCUCUUCUGCAGGUCUUGACUUGACCAGUGCGCCCUGGUUUAUACAUACCACAAAUCUGUUGUGAUCAAAAAGGCUUAUCUGUAGCGAUAAUCAUUAAUGCCUGUGCCUUAACGAUUUUCUCUGCCUUGUAGGCUAUUCAUCUUCUGUGCCACAAACAGUAUGUUUGGUUCAGUAGCCUUAAUCAGUGAGACCUGACAUGUGUCCAUGAUAUGCACUUUACAGCUAAUUCAAAUGGGAAAAAGUCCCUGUAGCAUUCAGCCAAAGCUUCACUCUGAUGAAUGUGUGUGUUUGAAAGUAUGCAUGUUAGGAUGUAUGUGUUAUUUUUCUGAGACCUUAUCGUGUUAAUUGAAAACAAAGAUAUGUCAUUGGGUUUAGAUCUGAAUAUCUGUGUCCUGACACACUUGAUGAGAUUUGAGUCUGUAAAACGUCAUGUUCUUUUUGCCAGUUUGUAAAUUGCACACCUUCAUUUAUUUACCCCCUGUUUGUUUGACAGCCUGGUUCAGGGAACACCGCAGUAUUCCAUUUGGUUAUUGGUUGCCUUGUGUUGUUUAACUUAAACUAACAUAUUUAUUAUUAUAUUUAUUUGUGUUUAAAGAAAAAAAUAUGUAUUUUGUACUUAUUUAUGGAGAAAUAUUUCGAGCUCUGUGAAAUACCAAUGUGAGAAAAAAACAGUAAAAAAAAAGGAGAGAAUCUUAUAUUUUUAAUUGCCUAAAAAGGACAAAAUAAAUUGCAUCAUGAAAAUAAAAA